GUAACGACUGUCAGCUUGACAACCGGCAGUGUUUCUCGAGGCAUAGUGUCCCUGGUUGCGCCUGGAAAUGGCAAAAUUCGUCGCUUUCUACGAUUUGUGUCCUAUUGAGGAUAUUAAAGAAUUUCUCGGACUCUCCAAGGACCGGGAGGAGGGGAAUAUAGUGACCACUUUGGGACGGAAUAUAAUCAUAAUCAUCAAGCUAAGCACGCAGAAACAGAUUCGAAGCUGGACAGUCCUGGAGAAGUUAUCAACGAAAGUUGUUUAUGAUCCGAAAAGCGAGCAGUAUGUCGGGGUAUUUUCGCAACAGUUUAUCCGUUGUUGGACAGAAGACGAGCACGAUGUUAACAAGAAAAAGAAAAUAAGGUUCCAGAAACCAAUUUUGGAUUUGCUUUCAAGUGAUGAUGAAGAGACCAUCGUUCUAUACGCUGACGGGUCGUGUGAAUUCCUUUCAAGUGCAAUCGAAUCAAGGAAGUCGAAGCAACAAAAUGAAAAUGGAGCAACACAAACAUAUCCACAAAUUUCCCAAGCAAAGAUAUUUACGCUAGCCAAUGGUGAAAAAAUGUUGACGUAUUUUACGAGUUCUCCAGAAGUUCCACAUUUAACACUUGUAACGGUAACUUUAGACAGCAGCACCGGAAGACCAUUAGAUGACCCGAAACAAUACAAAAUAGACAGACAUGACCGGAAUCUCUCGUUGAUAGGCCAAGCUGUUGUAUACGGACAGAAUAAUCCGUUCCUGUUCACCCUCUGGUCUGAUCGAAGGGUAUUCACACUGCCGUUACAUAAUGAUACCAAAGAGGACGACUCUCCCGGUAACUUUAUCUCCAUGAUCAACCUGCUGAAUGUUGAUAACCCAGUAUCAAUUCUUGGAAUUUCGAAAAACUGUUUAGCAAUUUACGGGUCAAACAGUGUUCAAGAAGGGUCAUCCCUUCUUUUGUAUAACACCCAAUUCAGAGUAGUGAAUGCAAAACAAUUUUUUAAAAUAUAUUUCAAUUAUUCGCGGUUAUGGGUGAUCGGAAGCAAUAUCCUCCUAGCAAUGGGACAUAAUUUGUAUGUUGUGCCAUUCCGUAUAUCCAAAGAGCUUUUAUCAGAAAUGAUCGGAUCUCAAGUAUCAAACGAAGUUCAAGGGCAGGUGGGCAAGGAGCUUAUAAAAGAAGAUGACGAAUUAGAGGAAGCUUUAUCGUUUGAUCACAAAAAACGACAUGACUCUCCGAAACACAACAAUAUUUUGAACGAUACUCCAGGAGCUGAUGGGAAAACAAGACCAUAUCAACCGUACGAAAUUUUCAAUGAAAAAAUGAACGAAAUCUUGGGCCGAAAAGCCAGAAUUAACAUCAAUGCAGUCGCAGGAGACGAUGAAUUUCGAAUUGAUUUACGAUCACAUAGCAAUGAUGUCGCAUUCAAAACAGAGGAACUUGAGGUCAUAGCGAAGAGCCUUGAAGAAUGUGGGGCUUCGGAACAAGAGAUAACGGAGAAAAUAUUAACGGUAGCACUCAAAGCACAAUUAGUUUCGGAUUUGGUAAUUUGCAUUGAAAGGUACUCAAAUAUUUCUGAGAAACUGUUAGCAAAGGUAAUAAAAUUUGCAUUGAACGGCUUAUCGAUGAACGAUUUCGCGAACUUAUCAAAUGCAGAAGAACAACCAAAUAUAAAUCCGAAGUUACGUCUUUUGAAUGCAGCUCUUGCUUGUUCUAUUGACACCUCCAUGAUACUGAUUGCGAUAAAAAAAGAACUGAAUUUCGAAGGAGCAAUGCUUUUGAUACAAUAUCUUUAUUACAUUAUGGACAACAAUAACAAUGUGCUCGAAGGACGUCCUGAAUUAAAUCUUAAUUUCGAUGAGGAUGUACAAACGAUGCAGUGGUUCAGUAUUAUCCUGAAUGCUUUUUUCCAAGAACUCGGACUAUCAAAAAGUGCCCAAUUGGUAGAGAUGUUAACCAAACUCAAAGAACUAUUGCAAUCUUACCAACAUGAUAUGCGAGAUCUUCAAUCUGUCCAUGCAUUAAUCAGCAAUUUGAUCGAUGGGAAAAUUUCAACUAAAGAAAAUAAACAUUGUAAGUGGUAUUCUAUUGAAGAAGUGAAAUUGUUUUAAAUUUUUAAGUAUGUAUUUUGUUAAUAAAUGAAAUAAG